AAAUGUUUGUUUACAGCUGAAGACGCGUUUUGGAAAAGCGACCAGAAUAGAAGGCGUAGUUUGAAUGGUUUAUAAUAAUUAAAUAAAGAACAGGAAAAACUAAGGAGGUUGCUUCAUCUUAUUUUGAGAACAAUAUACAAGAGUCGCAAUGCAAAGCGAGUCAGAUGCAACUCGUUUGGAAGGAAUUUCUUUCUUGGAAAAUCAGGUUGAUGAAAACUAUUUUCAUUGGAAGAAAAAUUCGCGGUUUCUGUAUGAUCUCCUGGUCACGAGGACGCUAUUAUGGCCGUCUUUGAGCAUCGAGUGGCUUUCAGUUGUGGAGAAAUCGAAUGAGAAACCCAUUGAUAAAUACCGCUUACUUUUGGGAACACAUGCCGCGGAAGGAUUUCCAAAUUACUUGCAGUUGGCAGAUAUUGAUUUACCAGAUGCAGAGCGGACGAGUUUGGAUCCUGUAAAACAUUAUAAUGAAGAGUUGGGAGAACUAGGCGGGUACAGUCCGCAACAUCCAUGUCGAUUUCAGUUAAUUCAAAGAAUUAUGCACAAUGGUGAUGUUAACCGAGCAAGACACAUGCCUCAGAACCCCAAUAUUAUUGCAAGUUUCAGCUCUUGUGGUGAGGUAUAUGUUUUUGAUCGCACAAAAUACACAUCCAUGCCCGCUGAGGAUUUUUGUCCUAACGUUCAUCUUCAGGGACAUGAAGCAGAGGGUUUUGGGGUGUCCUGGAACCGUCAGUGCAACGGCAAGCUGUUAACGGCUGCAAAUGAUUCUAAAGUUUUAGAGUGGGAUUUGCAAGCGUUUUCACAAAGUUCUAAUGUAUUAUUCCCUGUUUCUUCUUAUCAUAAUCGUGCUAUUGCCGUGAACGAUGUAGAAUAUAAUCCUUUUCACGAAAAUCUUUACAUCGCCGCAGGUGACGAUGGAAGCGCUCUUCUGUGUGAUAACCGGACUCCCUCAGCUGUUUUACAAUCGGCACAGUUACCGUCCUCAGUCUAUUCCGUUCGCCAUAAUCCACAUAUAGCGUCGCUCUUUGCACUUGGUACGGAAAGUACGUUGCAACUGCGAGAUUACAGAAAACUACAAGUCCCUUUAUUAGACACUGAGUCCAUGGUUGCGGAAAAUAAGCCUCUUUCGUCCAAGGAAGUUUCCCCAUUGGCAACUCCGUUUGGCGCUACAAGUAUGUCAUGGAGCUGGUCGUCUCCUAGUGCCUUAGUCAGUGCAUGUCGGGACCUUUGUUAUGUAUGGAAUUUUGAAUCCGAUAAUCCUUUGGUUUUUGUUCAUGCAGGUCAUCGGGGGCUUAUCAACGAUGUGGACUUUAGUCCCUUUGAUUCAAAAUGUAUCGCAUCCGUUGCUGAUGACAAUGAGCUACAUAUUUGGAAACCCAGCGUAUCACUCUAACAAGAUAUGUCGUUGCAUAUUCUCUUAUGAUUUAUUCUUAUUUCCUUUAAAAGCUGGUUCAUUUAUGGAAAAAUAAUUAUCGUCUACUCUAAUGAUGGAUGACCACGAAACUAAUAUAACCAACGAAAGGUUGCACUGGCAGUUAAAAACAAACACUUUACGGACAAGAAAGGUUGAUUAGAAUGCAUCCAAUACAAUUUAAAUUCAAGCAAAUGAAAAAGAAAAGACAUGUUAUUGAAACACAAAGAAUUACGGUAAAGAAAGCGGGUAACAUGUGAAGAAGAAAAGAG